AUGGGCAGUUUCAAUACCAGUUUGGAAGGCUGGUUCAUUUUGAUGGGUUUUUCAGACUGGCCUCACCUGGAACGUGUCUUUUUUGUCUUCAUUUCAAUUUUCUAUUUUCUAACCAUCUUUGGCAACUCCACCAUCAUCACACUCUCACGGAUGGACCGCCGACUACAAACACCAAUGUACUUCUUCCUUAACAACCUCUCCUUCCUGGACCUCUGCUACACCACCAGUACUGUGCCUCAGCUUCUUGUCAAUAUUUCUGGAAUAGACAAGACCAUGAGCUAUGCUGCGUGUAUGACCCAGUUCUUCAUAGUGCUCUUAUUGGGUGGAACUGAGUGUGUGCUCCUUGUGGUGAUGGCCUUCGACCGUUAUGCUGCUGUGUGCCAUCCACUCCACUACACAACCAUUAUGCACCCUGUGCUCUGCCAGGCAUUGGCCAUGUCCUCCUGGGUGGGAGGCCUCCUGAACUCUCUGAUUCAAACAGGCCUAAUCAUGACCAUACCUCUCUGUGGCCAUCACCUGAACCACUUCUUCUGUGAGAUGAUUGUUCUCCUGAAGCUGGCUUGUGAGGACACAGGGGGAACAGAGGCCAACUUGUUUGUGGCCGGAGCCCUCAUUUUGGUCUGUCCUGUAGCACUAAUUCUAGGCACCUAUGCACACAUUGCUCAUGCAGUGCUGAAGAUCAAGUCAAGAGCUGGGCGCAGAAAGGCUCUGGGGACUUGUGGGUCCCACCUUGUGGUGGUUUCUUUGUUUUAUGGCUCAGCCAUGUACACAUAUCUACAACCUGUCCACAGGUAUUCUGGGAGUGAAGGAAAGUUCGCUGCCCUCUUUUAUACUAUAAUUACACCUAUGCUGAACCCUCUGAUCUAUACCCUGAGGAACAAGGAUGUGAAGGGGGCUCUGUGCAAGGUGCUAGGGAGAGGCACAGACACAAGAUAG